AUGCAUUUUGAUUCUUAUAGUCUUGCCUGAAACCCUAGGAUCGUGUUUCACUGGCUGCUGCAACUGGGAAGCACUUUUCAUUCUCUGUUUGUCUCCCAUCUGCCAUCGCUGAAGAGUGAAUACCCAACACAGGUCCUUCAAAGAGAGAUUGGUGACCUGGUUAUUAGGUCCCUGGAAAGAAAAUUUUCAUCCAUUUAGGUUGUUCAAUGUUCAUUCCGAUAGAAUGCGAGCCUCUCCUUCUCUUGUUUGAAGAAGGGUUGUCACAGUUGCCUUGAGGAAUGAUGAGAAAUCUCUCUGCAUCUCAUUCCUUUGGGCUUUUCGUCACCUCACCCAUCUUUCUUGCCAAUAACCGUUCUUCUCUCACUCUCUUCUCACCUUCCACUCGAAGAUUUCCUCCUUCCAUUCAAUGCGCGGCUCAAUUCCGUCCCUGCAUCGACAUCCACAAGGGAAAAGUGAAACAAAUUGUGGGGUCAACCUUGCAAGACUUGAAAGGGGGUGAUGAUGGGUCGGAUCCUGUGACCAAUUUUGAGUCUGAUAAGUCGGCUGCUGAAUAUGCUACUCUUUACAGACGAGAUGGACUCACGGGUGGCCAUGUCAUCAUGCUUGGUGCAGACCCUUUGAGCAAAGCUGCUGCCUUGGAAGCAUUGCAUGCUUAUCCCGGUGGUCUACAAAUUGGAGGGGGAAUAAAUUCUGACAAUUGUUUGAGUUACAUAGAAGAGGGAGCAAGCCACGUCAUUGUGACUUCUUACGUAUUCAAUGAUGGACAAAUGGAUGUUGGAAGGCUAAAAGAUCUUGUUCAAAUUGUUGGAAAAAAGAGACUUGUGUUGGAUCUCAGUUGUAGAAAAAAGGAUGGUAAAUAUGCAAUUGUCACUGAUAGAUGGCAGAAGUUUAGUGAUGUUUUUGUUGAUCCUGGUGUGAUGGAAUUUCUUGCCAACUUUGCUGAUGAGUUUUUGGUUCAUGGUGUUGAUGUUGAAGGGAAAAAGUUGGGAAUUGAUGAAGAGCUUGUUGCUUUGCUUGGCAAGCAUUCACCUAUUCCUGUUACUUAUGCUGGUGGUGUGACCGGAAUGGCUGACCUAGAGAGGAUUAAAAGUGCGGGAAUGGAACGGGUGGAUGUAACUGUGGGUAGUGCCUUGGAUAUUUUUGGAGGAAACAUGUCUUACGAAGAGGUUGUAGCUUGGCAUGCCCAGCAAAGGGCCCAUGUAGUUUGAUUAAUAUGUUUUCUUCUAAUUGGAGAAAUGAUCUGCUUUUAGUGUUUUUCUAGAUGUGUAACCAGUAUCAGGUUAAUUUUUUAUGACUCAAGGCAAAUUGAACAUAACGAACUUUCUAGGAUGAAUUGAUUUUUAAUAAUACUGGGUGUACAACAAUACUGCAAUAGCUAUCUAAUGCGAGUUCAACAAAAGUUUCAUUACA